AUGGAUGAUUUGGUGAUAAAAUUGCAUAGCGGUGAUUCCAACACGAAGGGGACCAAAACGCCCGAGAAAAAGGAAGAUUGUGGCAAUGAGAGCCUUGAUUUGGCAAUAUUCCCUUCGAAUUGGAUUGCCAGGGUCGUUGUGCGGUUCAUCCUUGGACAUGUACCGGGCAUCGACAUUGGGUUGAAGCAUAUGAUGUUGAUACAUCCAGACUCCACAUCCACUACAAUUGAAUAUUUGAGGUUCAUGUUGGUUUCGAGGUACAGCAAGAAAUCUGAGAGUGAUGUGAAGUUCUACACUACGUUAGUGGUGAACGACGUAACGAAUUCGAGUGAAUCUGACAGUUUAAAGCUGGUACCUCCCUUGUCAUUGCAAACUUUAAAGGUUCAAUUGAACUUGCUGAUAAAUAUGAACCAAGGAAAUGUUCAUAAUAUUCAGGUGAGGCUCUUUACCGAUGAAUUCAAGUGUGUUAUAUUUCGAACUGCCAAGCUCUUCAUCGACAGAAUUAAGAGAGACAUGGAAUUCAGUGACAAGAGUAAUGAGCCUGGAGUCAGAUUUACCCCUGAAACUAAAAACGAACCUAAAUUUAAUUAUCCUGAAGAGGAAACUUCGAAGCAAGAAGAUGCCGGUUCAUCUAAGCUUCAAACUAAAUUUGAUAAAUUUAUCAAAAUUAGGAAUAAAUUAUAUCCAGUAAUCAAGGAGAUAUCCUUCAGUUUAGACAACUCAGAAUUAUUGGAAAUUCCAUUUGCAAUUACGGAUAAGAAGAUGUCCUUCAGUGAUUAUUUUGAUUAUUCUUCUCGUAAGCGUUCUUUGAAUUUAUUUUCUAAAAGCAUUUCAUUCAAUUACCUGAAGUUAAAUAAAACAGCUGCCGGAUACCAUGUUUUAUUUGAUUCCGAAACAGACGACCCAUUUCAAGUUAAUACUUCUAUUCAGUCUUUAAAGAUUAAUUAUUGCAAACACACUACAGAAAACGGUAAGACAACUUGUCGCAAAGAUGAAAUUCUAAAUAUUCCAAAUUUUAACUACACUUACAAAUCGAACAUUUUAGAUUGUAUGGUUAGGGAUAGAGGCUUUGAACACUGUGUAACAGAAUUUGCCGCUUCAGCUUGCAGCCCCAUGAUUGAUCUCAAUACCGCCCAAUUGGCAACAUUGAUAUACAAUUGCGUUUUAAUAAAGAAAUAUUUUACUUUAAAGCAAUUGAAAAAGAGAAAUAAAAAAAUGAAUCAUGAAAUAAUUAGGGAACAUACUAAUGUUAACGAUACUGAUUCUGACGGUGACGAUAUCGACACAACACAAGUAGACUCCGAUACUAAUGAUGAUCUUGAAAAAUCAUCUCGAGCAAAAUAUAGACAUAAGUUGCUUAAACUUCUCAAAGAUUUUUUUCCCAAGGUUGAUACAAAGUUUGUCAUUGAACAGCCAAGAAUUAUAUUAAGGCACCACGAUAAGGUUUCCGGUAAGGUUCAAAUAUUAGAUUUUUCAUAUUCGCUAUUAAACCUUCACACAUUCACCACUUCAACAAGAGACUACAACAUAAAUUGCCAUGUAAUACACCCUUGUGUUAAUUACGUAGAAAAAACUAACUUAUCGUCAAAAGUCGAGAACGAUAAAGUAAUCAAAAAAGAAAUAUUAAGUUUCAGAUCAAUAAAUUUUAGACUUGAUAUUUUAAAAAAUAUUGAAGUUAAAUCUACAAUGGCGAUAAAUGAGCCAAGGAUAGAUCUAUCUCAAUUAAACAUAAUUACUGGAAUUAAUGAUUUAUUGCAAGAUAUCACAUGUAUGGCACGAGAACAUUUGAAUUCUGGGUUGGUUAAUUUGAAUUUAAAUGCUGCAAUUAUCAAACAAAGACUAGUUUUCCCUAAUAUGGCACAAAAAUCCACCUCUGAAUCGGCUUCGCUAGAAUACAAAUUAUUCAGAUACUUACCGGAUUGGUUUUUGGGCCUGGAAAUUAGUAUUUCCAAGUUAAGUUUUAUUUUAGGGUCCCGCUCAGUCUUAAUCGCUAAAGAUUACUUGGAUGAAAUUAAUGGAGAAGGCUUUAAUGCGGAUUUUUUCCCUGAUAAUCAUAAGUUAAGAAAUGUAAGGUUUACAAUUGACAGGUUGGAUUUGAAUAUAAAAAACAAAUUUUACGAUCCAGAUUUUAACAUCAAUUCUGACUCUACAGAUACCUUACCUACUAGUGAAAAUACAACUGUAUUUUGGACAAUUGAUAUGCAAAUGAGCAAAGUACAAUUUGCACUUCAACUUCUCUUGAAUAAAUCCGAUGAUGAAUAUAGCGAAUUGUUGAAUAUGCCCAUGACGGAUAUUUUUUUCAGUGCAGUUAACUUCAACGGCAUAAAUGACUUGAAGGUUGAUGUAUCUAUAGAAGAUAUCGUAGGGAAUUAUAACAGAUACAAACUUUCUAUUCUUAUCGGUGCGAUCUAUUUGGUGAGAGAAGCCAUACUAUCUCCGGUUAAGGUGAUAAAGAACAAGCUUAGAAAUGAUAUGCAGAAAGUUUCUAGCAACUCAUCUAUACAAAUUGAAACACAAAAUAGAAAGUUAAGUGAUUUUUUGGUUCUUGCUUGCCGGGUUAAAAGAUCAAACUUUGAAUUAUAUCUAGAUGACAAUUAUAGGGUCAAGUUACAAUUACAUGACUUAAUUGCAAAUGCUAGUGGCGGGGUUCUUGAUUUGCAUAAUAAAUUCUUUAGAAUACUUGCAGACUCGCCAUUCAUCGCUGGGCAUUGGUGCAGAAUUGCUUGUGUUGAUGAUCUAAAAAUUACUUUUAAUGAUCCUUCAAGCGAGUCAAAAAUUAAUCUUUCAUCAGAGUCUAUAAGGCUAAUUCAACCUCAUGGUUUUGUGGUGUACAGAUUAUUCGAUAAUUUAUCAAUAACAAUUAAGAUUUUAAAACACUUGAUAACUUGCUUAAAGAAUGAUAACAUCAAACGUAAAAGCAUUGAACCAAAAGAAAGUAAAGCUAUAAAUCUUCCUCCUAUUCGAAUUAAGUCAAAGAAAUUAUCAUUCAGUAUGGAAGAUGAUCCAUUCGAAUGUGAGUUAAAUAUGAUUUAUCAAUUGGGACUUGUGGAACAACGGAAAAGGUUGGAGCAAAUGUCAUUGUUUGAGGGAAAAACCUCCAAAGAUAACCUGAGCAAAGCAGAAACCAUAUCUAACUCAAAUAAAGUUGAUGAAAAACUAUUCUUCCUAAGAAAAUCUAUUUCAACAUCUUGGAUAAGGAAGGUAAAGAUCUAUAAGGCUAAAUUGAGUGAUGAGAUUAUUCAAAAUAAAAAGUUUUUAUUUGGAAAUGAAGCAUCUUUACCAGUUGAUAAAAAUGAAAGAAUAAUUGCAUAUAUGAACCAGGCUCCUUUGCUAUCUGUAAUAGUGUCUCACUUUGAUUUAAAUUUAUCAUCAACAAAGUUUGAAUUGAAGAAACUACCGCAGUUUAUUCAUGAUAUAGGACAAGGUGUACCCCUAGAUACCCGUUAUUCCUUAAUGAUUCCGAUGUUUAUCAGCCUUCAGCUUUCAGAGCUUCGUAUGCAUUUGCGUGAUUAUCCGCUUCCAUUAUUGAGAGUUCCGUAUAAUAAAGAUAAGUCAUCUACUUUAUCUAUGGCAGGUCAUUUGAUAUUAUCGGAGGCUUUGGAGAAUGGAAUUGAACAUUUGAGAAAUUUACAUAUCCCCUUAGUACCGGAUGUUAAGAAUAUUGCAAGUGAUAAGCACUAUGCAUUAACCAUAAACAAGUCUUUAUCGUCAGUGAAGCUAUAUACAGAUCUUAGUAUUAACUUUUCCUCAAAUGAAGCAAGCAGGUUUGUAUGGGGUCAGUCAUACCAGUUUGGAAUACAACAAGUUAUGUUAAACUUUGAUCAAUUUUCAAAACCACCAGUUGACCCGUCUUCGAAGCUUGGAUUUUGGGACAAGAUGAGAUACAUUAUACACGGAAAAUUUAGAAUUGAAACUGGGCAAAACAACAGCUUAGAAGCAGCAUUCAAAGGCUCCAGGGAUCCUUAUGAUUUAUUCAAUGUAUCAUCAGGAUUUGUAUUAGCUUUUAAUGAUGAUGUUUUGUGGACUGUUAAUGAGAAUGAUGAUUCUCAACUGUUUAUGAACGUUAAAUCAGAUAAAGUUUUGUGGUAUAUUCCUAAUUAUUUAGCGACACCACUAGUGUCAUGGUCAAGAGAUAGCUCAAAGUACAUCUAUUUACCGAACUCAAAAAGCUUUCUUUCAUCAUGUUUUGGAUACUUUUUAGAAGACACACCACACGAUGAUUCAGAUGUUAGUUUAUCGAAGUCUCAUAUCUACGAAAAGAAAGUGGUAAGCUUGAAAGGUGGCGUGAAUUUUUCCGUAGGGUUUUUGUUGCAAAGAGAUACUGGUUCUGAAAUAACUUCUCGGGAACUUAAGCACCAUUAUGACAUUAAGCUUUUCAAUCCAGAAUACACCAAAGAGAACCACGAUUCUUAUGCUGGUUUUAGAAGUGAUCAUAUUAACAUGUCGAUUUCUUUUCAUGCGAACACAGAAAAUAGUUACAAUUGUAUUCAUUUGAGUCCUGGUACAUUUAAACAAUUUUUUAGCUGGUGGACUUUAUUUGCAGGUAACAUGAUGAUACCAGUAAGACGGGGUAAUUUAUUUGGCGAUUCCAAAAAAUCAAUGAAGUUUUCUCAGCAUUUAUUCAGCAAUAAAUUCCAAUUCAAUUUUAAAUCUUUGUUCAUCACACAUAUGUAUAGAGAUGAAAAUGUCGACGCUAACGAAGAUAAAAUUGAAUGUGUUGGGGUUAGAGCCAAAAUGGACGAAUUUCUGGUCGAUUUGCAUCAAGUCAAAGAACCUCGUAUCAUGGUACAUGAAGGUUUAUCCAAGAAUAAGAAGAUUAUGAAGAUGAAUUUCCGAAUUGGUGAGGUGCAUCUAACAGGCAUAGAUUUGAGAACGGUUCAUGCAGCUUUUGAUCAAGAUGUAUAUGAGCGCAGAAUGCAAAAUGAAAAUAGGAAAUCUAAGUUUGAAGUCUUUGAUAAUGAUGCACAAUGGUUUGAUAUAGAAGAUUACGAAGAAGCAUUUCUCCCAACUUUGCGGAAAUCACGGAGGUCAAUUAAAAUUAAUGCUUUAAUGUACUCUAAAAGGUUUUCGUAUUUAAGAGAUACGACUAAUCAGUCAAACGAAGUAGUUACAACGCAAGGGGAUGAUGAUGCACACGGCUGCCUCCUAGGGUCGAAAAAUAUUUAUUCACUUCAAAUAGACAUCUUGAAAGAUAGGAUAAGGCAAUUAGAGGAAAGAAUAAAUAUUAAUAAGAGCAAGCAGCUAUCAAACGAACAAUUGUAUAAGAGAAUUGAAUUUUUAAAGAAUUACAUCAAGGAACAGGAAUUGAAACUCCUGCAAAAUAAAGACAAAGAAAGCAACUCAUCCGAGUCAAAUUUCAAUUCUAUGUUCCAUAACAAAUUCGUCUUGGUUUGCAUGUUCUUGAAAUGGAAUGUUCAAAAUAGAAAUUUGUUGUACAAAUACGUUCAUUUUGUUCAAUUAAAGGUCCAAUUGAGAAAAUAUUUAUCUUAUGAAUCUAUAAGGGCGAUUCAUAAUAUUAUUGACAGUAACAUUGCUGAAACAGGCGGGGAUGAAUUUUCUCUUGUUUCGGAAGCCUUAAGUAGGAUGAAGCUGGAAAAAUUGGCGAACGCAAUUUCUGGAAAAGCUGAAUCUUCACAACAGAGAUUGAACAGCCUUGAUAGCAUAAUACGGAAAACCAAUGAAAAUCAACGAGUUUCCGAGGAUUUCUUAAUCGAAAUUCUUUAUCCUCAGAUUCAAUUGCAGAGUGAUGAAACACCAAAUAAUAUUGUUUUAGUGGCGGCACCUAGUAUAGAUGCAAAGAUUGUAUCUGUUCUAACGAAGUCAGGCAACCAAUUAGUAGUCAAUGAACGUGAAUUAGAAAACAGGUAUGGUGUCAUCUUGAGAGAGGCAAAUAUUUUUGUUUUAAAUAAAGAGGACGUUCUGAAUGUCAAUAAAUUGAUUUUAAAUAAGCGAACUUACGGAUCUACGACAAGCUGGCCUCCUUGGUUAGGAGUUGAAAUUUGUAAAAAUGGAAAGCUAGCUGGAGAAGAUAAACUAAUCGUUGAAAAAACGUCGAUGUUGAUUACCUAUGAUCAAAUAAACCCAUUAGGAAAUCAAUUAAUUAAUGAUAAUGAAGGUAAUUACGAAUUGGAAGAACUUGAAGAUGAAUCUAUAUCCAAAAAAGUCAAUGUUAAUAUUCCAGAAUUCAAAAUCUUAUCAACAGCAAAGCAAUAUCAUACUUUGUAUGUUAUUGUUUUACAUUUGCUCUUUUAUGUGGAGCCAAAGAGUAAGUCUUUAAGUGAAAAGUUGGAAAAAUUAAAGUUUUCAAUAGAUUUCUUAGAUUUGAUUGCAUUGAACGAAAGAUUAAUCAACCUACAUAAAUACUAUAGACUAAUGAAUAUUUUGUCUAAUAAUUAUGGGUUCAGGCAAGGCAUGUUAGACAAUGAAGGUUUGAAUGAACAUCUAAUGCUUAAUGUUGAGCGAGGAAAUACCAUCACUGAGAUCUAUUUGUUAAUGAAUUCAUUGCUAACAGGAGAAUUAUUUAAUGAUGAUUCUAAUUCUAAAACAUUGGCCGAAUGGAAUAUAAAUGCAGAUAGCAUCCAACUAUGUAUGCUCGAGGAUGAUCGGACCCCUAUUUUGGAAAUUUUAAUGGAUCACGGUAAAUACAGAAGACGGAUCAACGAGAAUGGAUCAAAUGAUAAUAGAAUUGAAAUUGAAAAUAUGCAAGGCAGUAAUUUAUUGCAUAAUGCUUAUUAUGAUAAGAUAAUGGAGCCGCUAAUUGGAUUUUCUGGUAGCGAACAUGAUGAAUCCGAGAAUUUGAUAACUGUUGAUUGGUCUAUGAAAAGAUCUAUUGGUGGUAUUAAAGUGUUGGAUUAUUUUUCGAUAAAUUCACAACCGUUAAAUAUCAAAAUUGAUGAAAUAACUGGUGAGAAGUUAUUGAGAUACAUAUUUCCAUCUGGAUCGGAUAACGAGAACUACAAUCUAUUUGGAAACACGAAUGAUGAAGAUGAUCAAAGUGACACCGAUGAAGAUGAUAACCAUAAAAACAAACGAGAAUCAUUCGUUCAAGAGCUAGAUGCAUCGAAAAAAGUUGUAACAUUCCAAGAUGAUAAUUCUGGCUCUAGCAACAGAGGCAGUCAAAGAAACCAAAUGAAGUUUGAUCGGUCUAUGACAAGGUUAUCAAACAACAAACUGCAGUUAUCUAGUUCAUUAUCUUCGAAUGACGAAGGAGAUGCAGAUCUAGAUGAAAUGUUCGAAAGGUCAAAAAAAUAUUUGAGUAUCGGAAAUUUGAACAUCAGUCCAAUAUGUCUCUUGAUUUCAGUAAAGUGUCACAGUGGAUACAAGAAAAUCUUAAAUGUUCAGGAUUUGUUUAUUAAGUUACCAGAAUUUACUAUUGGAAAUCAGGUACUAUCAUUGUUAGAAGUAACUAUGAAAUUUAAGAAAAUGAUUAAGAAAGCAUUAUUAAGUCAUAUUGGAAGGUUAUUGAGAAAUAAGAUGACAGUUAAAAAGAACAAAAUCAGAAAUAAAAAUGAUGCAAAUGCUGCUCGAAUGGUGACUGAUACAUAG